GGGUUUGUUUGUCUGCGUCAUAGAGUGGUCAUUGAAAAAAUGAAGCUUGUGAGGUUUCUUAUGAAACUGUCCCAUGAGACUGUAACCAUAGAACUGAAAAAUGGCACUCAAGUUCAUGGAAGUAUUGCUGGAGUCGAUGUGUCUAUGAACACGCACUUGCGGUCCGUAACACUGACGCUUAAGAAUCGGGAUGCAAUACACCUAGACACAUUAACUGUCCGUGGAAAUAAUAUACGGUAUUUCAUCCUGCCAGAAAGUCUUCCCUUGGACACGCUUCUGAUUGACGAAGGGCCACCGAAAAGAAAACCUGGACGUGAAGGUAACCUAGAGCGUCCUAUCACUCGCGGCCGUGGUCGUGGUGGUCCUCGGGGUCGUGGUCGUGGUGGUCCUCGAGGUCGUGGUCGCGGUCCACCAAUGCGCUUCUAAUAUAUGUGUAUGUACAGUAUAUUUAUGCUUUCGAAUAUUCCAGACUACGUUUGUUUUUUUUAAAUAAAACCUUGUAUAAAUGA